GGACUGCAAAAAGCAAAAUAAUAAUAAUAAUAAUAAUAAUAAUAAUAAUAAUAAUAAUAAUAAUAAUAAUAAUAAUAAUAAUAAUAAUAAUAAUAAAUAAGAAAUCCCUACAAAUAUCCAUCUUUUAACUUCACAGGCCUCCCUUACACUCUGAAUCUCCUUAGAAGUGAUCUCCUAUGGGGAAAUUUUCAGUUUUGUUGAUGAUGGUUAUGAUGUGGUGUUGGGCUUCAAUGGCUGAAGGAGAGUAUAUGUUGUACAAAGAUCCCAAACAACCGCAAAAUAUUCGGAUAAAUGACUUGAUGAAGAGAAUGUCAUUAGAAGAAAAGAUUGGUCAAAUGACCCAAAUUGAAAGAUCAGUUGCAUCUAAAGAGGUCAUGAAGAAGUAUCUUAUAGGGAGUGUGUUAAGUGGAGGAGGAAGUACCCCAUCUAAACAUGCAACCCCAAAGACAUGGAUCAACAUGGUCAACGAUUUCCAAAAUGGCGCAUUAUCUACGCGUUUAGGGAUACCUUAUAUUUAUGGGAUUGAUGCUGUUCAUGGACAUAGUGCUGCCUAUGGAGCAACAAUCUUUCCUCAUAAUUCUGGUCUUGGAGUUACCAGGGAUCCUGUACUAAUUAAGAAGAUUGGAGCUGCUACAGCACUUGAAGUUAGAGCAACUGGCAUACAAUAUACUUUUGCACCUUGUAUUGCAGUUUGUAGAGAUCCGAGAUGGGGUCGUUGUUACGAAAGCUACAGCGAAGAUCCCGAAAUUGUAAGAUUAAUGACGGAAAUCAUACCAGGUUUACAAGGAGAGAUCACUGAUGAUUCCAAAAAGGGUGCCCCUUUUGUUAAUGGACAACAAAAAAUUGCAGCCUGUGCUAAGCACUAUGUAGGUGAUGGAGGAACUCACCUGGGAGAAAAUACCGGCAGCACGAUGAUAAGCAGUAAAAAAAUGUUCGGUAUACACAUGCCAGCAUAUAAUGAUUCAGUCGUUAAGGGUGUGGCUACGAUUAUGGCUUCAUAUUCUAGCUGGAACGGGGUUAAAAUGCACGCUAACCGUAAGCUUGUUACUGGCUACCUCAAAAACAAACUCAAAUUCAAAGGAUUUGUGAUAUCGGAUUGGCAAGGCAUUGACUCGAUCACUGAUCCUCCGCAUGCUAAUUACACAUACUCCAUAUUAGCUGGAAUUAACGCUGGCAUUGACAUGGUCAUGGUCCCAUACAACUACACAGAGUUUAUUGAUGGUUUGACUUACUUGGUCAAAAAUAAGUUUAUACCCAUGAGCCGAACAGACGAUGCAGUUCGGAGAAUUUUGAGAGUGAAGUUUACAAUGGGUCUGUUUGAAAACCCGUUGGCGGAUUACAGCAUGAUCAAGUACUUGGGAUGUCAGGAGCAUAGGGACCUAGCAAGGGAAGCGGUGAGGAAAUCACUUGUGUUGUUAAAGAAUGGUAAAUCUUCAACGAAGCCGUUGUUACCGCUUCCUAAAAGGGCAUCAAAGAUAUUAGUUGCGGGAUCACAUGCUAAUAGUGUCGGUUAUCAAUGUGGCGGGUGGACGGUUGAAUGGCAAGGAAGUUCAGGCAAUGUUACAACUGGCACGACAAUCCUCUCUGCUGUGGAAAAAACGGUUGAUCCAAAUACUCAAGUAAUCUACAACGAGAACCCCAACCGACAUUUCCUAAAGUCCAACAGUUUUGACUUCGCUAUAGUUGUGGUAGGAGAGCCACCAUAUACAGAGGGAUUUGGAGACAGUUUAAAUCUUACAAUCCCCGAGCCGGGCCCCAGCACUAUCAAAAAUGUAUGUGGAUCAGUAAAAUGUGUGGUGGUCCUAAUUGCUGGGCGACCGUUGGUGGUGCAGCCGUUUAUAGACACCAUAGACGCACUUGUAGCCGCGUGGCUUCCUGGAACAGAAGGGCAAGGUGUCGUAGAUGUUUUGUUUGGUGAUUAUGGUUUCACGGGAAAGCUGGCCCGUACUUGGUUUAAGUCGGUUGAUCAGCUACCCAUGAAUGUCGGGGACCCACAUUAUGACCCGUUAUACCCGUUUGGGUUUGGACUCACAACUACACCAACCAAGACCACAUAAACUUAUAAUGUGUUACGUGUUUCCGGUUCUAAUGAAAGAGGGGCGACUAUUUGUUGUUCAA